AUGGUCCAAAUACCGUGGGGAGUGCUCUAUAUGGGCAUCGCAGGAUACGCAUUUCUAAAAUCCAGCUUCGCAACCUUUUUCAUUCUUUCUGGCGCUCUUACUAUCUUCGCGUUGUUCUACAACUCAUUCCUGUAUCCGGAAUAUUUAACGCCAAUUAGACACAUUCCCACGCCCACCAGCCGGUCAUGGCUUAAGGGCAAUACCGACACAUACGUUCUGCAAACCCCCUUUGAGGACUUGCUCAAAUGGUCUCAAUCCGUUCCCCAUAACGGUCUCCUGAGAUACUACGUAGCAGGAAAUAUGGAACGAGUACUUGUGGCGUCACCAAAGGCUCUGAGUGAGCUUCUCGUACAGAAUGUAUACGAGUUCCCAAAACCAGAAUUUAUGCGUCGCGCAUUGGCCCGUAUCACUGGUAACCAUGGUAUACUACUUGUGGAGGGUCUUGAACAUAAGAGGCAUCGAAAGAACCUCAUGCCUGCUUUCUCCUACCGCCAUAUAAAGGAUUUAUAUCCCCACUUUUGGCUCAAGAGCGUGGAGAUGGUGAAGCGCAUUGAAAUGGUCUUACAGGCUCCCUCUAAAUGCGAUAAUGUUGUCGAAAUAAGACCCUGGGCGAGUCGAGCCACCUUGGAUAUCAUAGGGCUUGCGGGCAUGAGCCGAGAUUUUGGCUCUCUAGCCGAUCCGAACAAUGAGCUUGCUGGACAAUACCACCGAGUCCUUAAAGAGCCUCCGCUCUGGCUAAAACUUCUGUUCGUCGUUGGCUUUGCUCUGGGAAAUCCGACCGCCAUCCACAAGCUUCCAAUAGAACGCAAUAGGGAGAUAUUAGAAGGAAGAGAGUAUAUUCGAAAGGUAGCACAGGAACUCAUUAGCCAAAAGAGAGAGAUGGUCAAGCACAACCCAGAGGAGGCAGAGAGCGGGAAAGACAUCCUUUCAGUGGCUUUGAAUAGCGGAACGUUCACUGAUGAAGAGCUCAUUGACCAAAUGAUGACAUUCCUCGCCGCUGGUCAUGAAACAACGUCGACAGCGUUACAAUGGUCAGUCUACGCGCUUUGUAAGCACCCAGCUGUCCAAACUCGGCUGCGCGAAGAAAUCCGCUCCAAUCUUCCUCCCAUCUCGGUGGACGAGACCACCGAGCCUAUCACGGCGACUAUGCUGGAUUCACUCCCAUAUCUCCAUGCAUUCUGCAACGAAGUCCUCCGCUUCCACCCCUCUGUACCUCUUACUUUCCGGACUACUGCUCAAGAUACAACGCUUGUCGGGAUCCAAGUUCCCAAGGGCACCAACUUGUCUAUCUCUCCUGAAGUCGUCAACCAUCACCCUGACCUGUGGGGGCCCGACGCUGACAAGUUUGACCCAGAGCGGUGGAUGGGUCCAGGCAGGGCAAACAAUGGUGGGGCGACCAGCAACUAUGCACUUAUGACUUUCCUCCACGGGGCCCGAAGCUGCAUCGGCCAGGGAUUCGCAAAGGCUGAGCUGGCUUGUCUGGUUUCUGCGAUGGUGGGCCGUUUCCACAUGGAACUGAAAGACCCGGAUGCUGAGCUUGUGAUCAAACGAAGCGCAACAGUCUCACCCGCGGACGGUGUACUUGCAAAACUAACUCCUCUUCCCGGGUGGUAA